AGAAACUGUGUUUGCCAAGGACUGGGUUGACAUCCGCUGUCCGAGCUGGCUGCUUUGGAAAGUGCUGCUGAAAUGUAAAGAGCUUUGCGGUUACCCCGAAGCUCACCGUGUCAGUGGCGCCGGCGGCGAGGACUAGUCAUCCCUUGUAAAUGGAUGCCAUACUGAACUACAGGCCGGAGGGCGCCGAGGACUACUACGCCCUGCUGGGAUGUGACGAGCUCUCUUCGGUUGAGCAAAUCUUGGCAGAAUUUAAGGUCAGAGCUCUGGAAUGUCACCCUGACAAGCAACCAGAAAACUCCAAAGCUGUGGAGACUUUUCAGAAAUUGCAGAAGGCAAAGGAGAUUCUGACCAACGCAGAGAGCCGAGCCCGCUAUGACCAUUGGCGGAGGAGCCAGAUGUCCAUGCCAUUUGAGCAGUGGGACGCUUUGGCCGACUCAGUGAAAACUUCAAUGCACUGGGCUGUCAGAAGUAAGAAAGACUUAAUGCUGGAAGGAGCGGACCAGGCUUACACCAACACAGUUCAAAACAAGGAAGGGAAUGAGCAGACAGAAACAAAGAAAGGAGAACCAAAUUCAACCACAGAGAAAAGGAGGCAAAUGGAAUCUGGAUCCCCAGAGAUGGCCAUCUCCCCACAAAACCCAGGUCUCUCAGAUUUGAACUGUGGCCGCCUUCGUUUCCGCUGGUCUGGCGACGCUCCCUCAGAACUCCUGAGGAAGUUCCGAAACUAUGAAAUCUGAAGUGUCGCUGCUCUGUGAGAGGCAAGAUUUUUGAGUGGAGUCUCAUCAUGUAUACCACAGGCUAGCCCUGAAUUCUCUAUGUAGUUUAUCUUCAAAUCAUCCCGCCUCUUUCUUUGUUUCCUGUGGACUGGCAAGAUGGUUCAGCAAGUAAGGGAAGUUGCUACCAAGAUUGACAGCCUGAUUUCUAUCCUCAGGACCCUCUGGAAAGUUGACCUCUGACCUCCACACAUGCAGUGUGGCAUGAACACACCCACACCCACACCCAAACUCAAUGGAUGAAUACAUGUAAUUUAGAAAAUGUGUUUCCUGGGCUGGGGAGAUGGCUCAGAGGUUAAGAGCGCUGACUCCAGAAGACCGGGAUUCAAAGCCCAGCACCCACAUGCAACUCAACACUACAACUCCAAGAUCUGACACUCUCACACAGACGUACCAGCAGGCAAAACACCAAUAUAUAUAUAUAUGAAGUAAAUAAAAAAGACUUCAAAGAAACUGUUUCCUUGUGAGAUGUGGUGACACACACCUGUCAUAUCAGCCGCUGGGAAGUGGAAGCAGAAGACCAGGAGUUCAAGGCCAGCUGUGUCUACAUAGCCACUGGGCAGCAUGGGCUACAGGAAACGCCCGUCUCAAACCAAACCAAAGCAAAAAGCAAGUGAUAAAAUGCUUACUUUAGAAGCAGAGGCAGGCAGAUCUCUGUGAGUUCGAGGCCGGGCUGGACUGACAGCCUCCAAAACAAUACAGAGAAAACCAAAAAAAAAAAAAAAAGUUUAUUUUAAUGAAAUUUCAGUGCAGACAGUAUUGCUUUUCGGUGGCUGUUAUAACAAAACACGACUGGUAGCUUAAUCAUGCCUUAUGCUUUGUAGAGUUGAAGGUCCAAAUGCUAGGGAUGGAUACUUCGUUUCUGAGGCUGUCCUUGCUGUGCAAACGGCUGGCUUGGCUGCACUCUCGUAAGCUUUUCUUCUGUUCACUUUAGUCCCUGCUGUCUCUACCUCUUCAUAUGAAGUCAACAGUCAUACCAGAUAAGGACACAUUUUUUGCAACUUCAUUUUUAACUUAUUUCUAUCUUAAAAAAAAAUGGAUCUCCAAAUAAGGUACCAGGGCUUGGUACUUCAACUUGUCUUUUUGGAGAACAUAAUUCACUUAAAAAAAUGAUGAAAAAAAAAAGUCGUUGGGUGGUGGUGGUGCACACCGUUAGUCCCAGUACUCAGGAGGCAGAGGCAGGGGAGUUCCAGGACAACCUGGGCUGUUACAUAGAGAAACCCUGUCUCGAAAAGUCAAAAAACAAAAUAAGUAAGUAAGUAAAUAAAUAAAUAAAUAAAUAAAAGAGUAUGACCUUGUGCUGAGUCCCUUGA